UAGACUGGGGGAGUCCUGACAAAGCCUGGGACUUGGGACCCUGAGCCCAUAAUGGGGGACAUUAGACUGAUUAGGGGGUCGUCCGCUCUGGGGGGUCCUCAGGAAACACCUGCUGAUAGAGGAGGAGGAGGAGGAGGAGGAGGAAGGUCAGAGAAUCAAUAAAUGUACAGGAGGCUCUGUCGGUGGUCAGUGAGGAUCACACCAUGUUUUCCCACCCGCCACUCAAGACGGAGAUUCCAGACGAUUUUUCGCCUCGCAUUAAAGAGCGUGGAGCCUUACAAGAGCACCCCUGGGUGCCAUCCACAGAGCGGCUUCAUAGCAUCAAGCAGGAGGCAGAGGAGAUGCCUGGAACAAGGAUCCCGGCGGUUGGAGUGAUACGAGUUGAUAAAACUGAAGAUGUCGGUGACUCAACCUACCAGUCCACUUACGCUGACAUCCCGACCAAUGGCUCCGCCCCUCCACCUCACACCAAUGGGGAUGAAGAGAAGAGAGUGAUAGUGCCAGCGGACCCUCUGGUGUGGAGUCAGGACCAUGUCUCCCAGUGGUUGGACUGGGCAGUGAAGGAGUACGGACUGUGUGAUGUAAAUACCUCGGAGAUGCAGGGAGUUGACGGGAAGGAACUGUGUCGCAUGACGCGGGAAGAUUUCCUACGAAUGGCCUCGUCGUACAGCACCGAAAUGCUCAUGUCACACUUGGCCUACCUGCGUCAGAACAGUCCAACAUUCACCUACUCAGUAGUACCAGCUCUCCCCGCACACCAGCCAGCACCUCGUCAUCCAGUGAAAACAGAGCCCCUGUAUGAAGAUGUGCGGAGACAAAGCUGGAGCUCGUCGGGGGGUUCAGUCCAUAGAGUGUCUCCUCCGCUGACACCAGGAAUCACAAGUACCACUAACACUGUGCGCAGCCCCCAAGAUCCCUACCAGGUUUUGGGGCCGACGAGCAGUCGCCUCUCUAAUCCGGGCAGUGGGCAGAUUCAGUUGUGGCAGUUUCUAUUGGAGCUCCUGUCUGACAGUUGCAAUUCCAGCUGUAUCGCGUGGGAAGGACUGAACGGGGAGUUCAAGAUGACGGACCCCGAUGAAGUCGCCCGGCGCUGGGGCGAGCGCAAGAGUAAACCCAACAUGAACUACGACAAGCUGAGCCGGGCCCUGCGCUAUUAUUAUGACAAGAACAUCAUGAGUAAAGUUCAUGGGAAGAGAUACGCCUACAGGUUUGACUUCCAGGGGAUCCAGGUGGUGCAGCAUUCGCAUAACAACGACCCCCCGACCCCCAAAUACCCCGAAGGGAACUAUUAUUCACCCCAAGCCAAAGCCCCCGGGCCCUUACCUUCCCAUCACCCUCAGUCUUCCACCCUGAUCCCCGUCCAGUACUUCAGCUCAGCACCCACUGGGGGACUGUACCCCGGCCAGGGCAUCACGAGGCAACACGGGGGGCUACUGGGGACCCACCUGGGGACCUUCUACUGAGCAGAGAGACGACUCCACCGGCUCCAAACUGAGGGGCCCCGUCUGGUGGGAUUCACCUGCUACAGACAUGAGCCAUAGAAGCACCACUGAGCCCCAGUCCGCUGCACCUUCUCUGGGGCAAGAGCCUCCAAAUAUCCAGACUUGUAGAGAACAUUAGGGGCCUGAGAUUGGGACCCCUGAAAAGACUGAGCCAAACAGGACUGGUCAGCCGGGGCCCCUCUCUGCAUUACAGACUCUUUGGGCUCCUCCCAGAAUUACAGACCAGAAGGUCCAACUGCAGAACGACGGGAUCCGACCCCAAAACCAAACCUCCAGAGGAACAGGAAACGGCUGUCUUACUUCUACUUCCUGUCUGUAAUCUGCUCAUUAAAGGGGAAAUAAACCCCAAAAAUAAAGUUUUUGACAGACAGAAAAUCUGAUUCCGACCGACUUCCCAAUAUCCAUUCGUCCUUCGUUCUCAUUGGGUUUAAAACUCAUUCAAAGCAAUUUGAGCCUCACAGUUCUCUCCUCUGCUUUCCCCGACUUCUCACGCCAUGUCCCUGUCCAAUCAGCACUCGGCUCUCCUCCGCUUCCCAUAAUGCCUUGCAUGCUCUGUGUUGUUUCUGAAGUCUGGAAAGCAGAGAAGAGCAAAGGACAAUGGAAUGAGUGAAGGUGUUGGAAAUGUAUUGGGGAGUCUGAUUGUAUUCAGUCCUGCACCAGGACAAUAGAACAAUAUGCACCCCCUGAUUCUCAUUGGUUCAAACUUGUCACGCCUAAUACAAAAAGAGGGACACCCCCCUCCCAUAGCCCAUCUGUGCCUUGAUCAUAUACCUCCCAACAUUUUGGAAAUAAAGAGGGACAAAAAAAUUGCCACUCGAGGGCAACUGAUUUUUUUCACCACACCCUUUUUUGGCCACACCCCCUAAUUACCAUGUUCAUUUUACAAAAUUUGGCAGGUUAUGAAAGUUUGAACAUAUUUCAGUGUUUUUUUCAGUUAUUACAGUUUUGCUUAUGAAGGCGAAUUGCCCUUUAAGUUUAUAUUGUUACUUAUCUCAAAAUUGUUACAAAAGUAUCUCAUCUGCAGCGGUGGCUGUUCUGGGCUCUCUGCCAAUUCAUUUAGAAACUUUGUUUCUUUUUCUGGCUGUUCAGUGCAGAGAAAAUCGGGACUUUCCAGUACAAGUGAGGGACUGCGGGUUGAGUUGUCAAAAGCGGGACUGUCCCACUGCAGUUGGGAAUUAUUCUUGAUACUUUGUACAAAGGAAUCGGAACCUUGUUUGUAUCCAGUGUAUCCGCCUUCCCUGCGCUGGUGAUUCCCACGUGUCUGUGGGGUCAGCGACGCCUCCUUUAUGUGAAUGUCCAUCACGUUUCUGUAAAAAGAAAAAAAACAAACAAAUUUUGCAUUAACCUUGAAUAAAAACGGUUUAUUUA